GCGAUGGGAUGAAAGGGACAAGACGGAGCAGCUGAUGACGUCUGCUAAGUGACGAACCUCGAUCAGAGGGUUUUGACCAAGUGUAUUGUAUCCCCUAUAAACUGGGUGAGACCCCUCAUUGUAAAGAAUCCGAAUUCUAAGUGAAUAAACUCCUACUUUGCCUUCUCUCUCUCUCUAAAAUUCAUAUUAUUUGAUAUACUUGGUGGUUUAUAGCCAUCAAAUUGGUGCUUUCAUUGAGAGGAGAGAAACAUACUUGUAGGUUAACUCCGAGAAGCGAGAAUGGUGCAGACAAGGAGCAACAUUCCCACCACCAGCCACGUCGUAAGAGAGGAGCCGGGCAAAGGCAACAGAAAAGGAGGGAUCACCUCGGCUCCGGACACGGUCCAGGCGCUGUUCGCGGACCUGGCACUGGGGCUACCCAGGCUUCACACGGUUCCAAAUACCGAGCACGCUGCCACUUCCCAACACAAGGGGAAGAAGACCCGGAGGAGCGGGAGGAGGCCCGGCAAGGCUCUGGUGAUUGAGGAGGUGCUGGUGGAGGACGUCUCGGACGGGGAGGACGACGAGUCCAGCGAGUGUCGAGUAUCGGCCUUCAAACGCUUGGGGGGCGAGGAGGCUCGAGUGUCAGCUUUCAACAGGCUCAACCGCGGACCGGAAGGCCGCCCAGGAGAGAAGGUUAGUGACUUUAUAGUUCGGUGGGAGAAGGAAGCCCGAGACGUGCAUGGGGCUGAUGACCAAGCCUUGGUGGAAAUGUUCCAAGAAGCCCUUUCCCGUGGAGAAGUGAGGAAGGAGCUCCGCAAGAAUCCUCCCCCCACGUACCCGGAAACCUUGGUGCGCACUAAGUUCUUGGCCUUAGAGGAGUUUGAUGAUGCUUCCGACUCCGCUCCGGCCAAGCGAGCUUCCGUGGACUCGGGAGAGAUCGCGAAGAAAAGGAAGAAGAAAAAGGACUACACUGCGGGAGACUCCAUCGAAGCCGAAGGAGUCACCGCGGUGCCCGUGAUAGUAGGGGAUGGCGCGCACAAGGCCAAGCUGAAGAUGGAGUUCAUGGUUGUAAGCAUUAACAACGCGCACAAUAUGGUCCUAGGAUGGCCCGGCCUUGAGGACAUGGGGUGUGUGAUCUCUCCAUACUACUUAUGCAUGAAGUUUCCCACCCCUUCGAGAAUCGGGGUGGCGAGGGGGUAUCAGAAGCUAGCUCGGUCGUGCUACGUCCGAAUCACGAAGAAGUUGCCAAGGGAUGAGACGUUGGUCGUGCACGCGCAGGAGGAAAUGCGGAUGCCAAGGGAUGAGACGUUGGUCGUGCACGUGCGAAGGCCGAGCCCGCCGGGGAAGCUGGAAGCACGACCGAAGGCCAAGCCCGCCGAGGAAGUCAAGGAGGUGCCGCUCGACCCUGGGGUACCCGAGCGGAAGGUGAAGAUCGGGGCGAGCCUAACUGGGAGCCAACAGAAGCACUUGGUGGACGUACUACAACGUGAUCUUCGCGUGGGGACCCGGGGAUAUGCCAGGGGUGGAUCCCAAGAUCAUAUGCCACCGGUUGGCAGUCAGCUUGGACUCUAGGCUGGUGAAGCAGAAGAAGCGGUUCCUCUCGUCCGAGCGGCGGGAGUUUGUCGCCAAAGAAGUAGCCACCCUGCAGAGCAUAGGG